AUGGCGGCAAGGUUAUUGACUGCCAUAAAUUGGAAAAGCAGCAGCGUCCCAACUAAAACAGACUGGCUAUCUAAAAUGAUGGAAUACUUCCAUAUUGCCGAACUAACAGGGAGGAUAAGAGGAGAUAUGGGUGCUCUUGUGCUCAGUCCUACUUGUGGGUUUCCCAUGGGCAUCUGGUUGGCUGUGGUGUACACCCUGACAGCUUUUGUCAGGGAGCUGCCUGGAUGGCUUCUCUUCAUUGGAAUUUUCCUGCCAGUGACUCUGCUCCUGCUCCUGCUCCUUUCCUACCUGAGGGUUAAGCUACGAGAGGUGGACCAGGAGCUCUACCUAAUUCAUAAUCCCACUGAUGCUGCUACCAUUGAAACCUAUGUCAAAUACUACAAACAGGGAAGCGGUAAAAGGAAACCAAGAUCAUCCUAAGAAAUUGAUCUGAAUCUUUAUGAAAACCUGAAGAGGACAGAGAAGAAGAAAGGCAGAGAUAUUGAACCCUAGGACGAUGUGCCUGAUAAAGGAUCCCUUACUCUUCUACCAUUUACCUCGGAGCAACAAAUUAUUUGCUGUGAAACAUCAAUGUCACUAUGCGAUGCCUCUCCAUUUACUUUGAGCUGCUCUUCCACCCUCUCUUCCUUCAGGCCUUGCUUAUCCAGUUUUGCCGGGUGUCCCUCUCCGGGUGUCUUGGUGGAUACUUCAUUCGCCUGGACCAACAUUUCUGUCACCGGUAUGUGCGUAACUGUUGCUUGAAAUGGACUGGCUUCUUGUGAAAUUUCUGCACACACUGUUGCCUGUGCAUUGUGUUCCCCCUCCUCUAUGAUAACUUCAUUUUCUUCUAUUUCUUCUUUUAUGGCACCCUGAGUCAUCCGUUGGUGUGGCUGAUAUUCUCCUACUUCAUCUUCACUCUCACUACUGCUGCUACUUGAUGACAACGAUGAAGAAUCCUUCUUUGAUAGGUGCUCCAUCUUCUGAGUUUGCCCACCACCAGAGACAAGUUGUGUUUUGCCUCUGUUGGUAUCGGCAGUGACUACUGUCUCUUCUAUGCCAACCUCUGCCUGCUUCUUCUCCACUACGUUCAGAGUCUCAUGCGAACUCUGCACAAAACAAAUGGAUGAGGAAAAACAAAAAGUAGAAAACAUGAAUAAAUAAAAUAAUGAACAUAAAA